GUUACUUACUACAGUGUUCUACUCAUAUUUUGUUUAUUUUGAAUAUAAAUGUUGCGCCUAACUUUAUUUCUAUAGUACACGGACCAAAUGUUGAAUAUGUUAAUUACAUUUUAUAAAUAUUUUUAAUUUAUUGAAUUGACCACGUCUUUUUAAUACCCAGUACAUAUUGUGUGAGUUUUUGUUACAUAAACUAUUGCUUUGCGUAUGCAAAUAUUAAUCCCAAGUGAUAUUUAUUGAAAUAAAUAUGGAGAUAUUUGUUAUUUGUACAUUAUUUUUCGGUUUCGUAUUUGGUGCGGAUGAAGUGUUACAACUAGACCAAGGGAAGUUGACUGGUAGUAGUUUGAAAACAAGAAAUGGUCGAGAAUUCAAAACGUUUCAGGGAAUACCCUAUGCAAAAGCACCAACUGGAGAUCUUAGGUUUCAGGAUCCAGUACCAGCAGAUCCAUGGGUAGGUAUUUUAAAUGCUACUACUGAGCCUCAAGUGUGUAUUCAGAAGAAUUUGUUUUAUUAUCAAGAAGCUGAUAUUCUUGUCGGUGCAGAGGACUGUCUGUAUCUCAAUGUGUACACUCCAAAAAUACCACUAAAAGGUGAUAGAAAAUUGCUUCCAGUUAUGUUUUGGAUUGCCGGUGGAGGUUAUUUUGCGGGUUCAGGAGGUUUAAGUUUAUAUGGUCCUCAAUAUUUGUUAGACAAGGAUAUAGUCCUGGUUACUAUUAAUUAUAGACUUGGAAUUCUAGGUUUUUUAAGUACUGAAGACGAUGAUUUGCCUGGUAAUUAUGGUUUGAAAGACCAGGUGUUAGCAUUAAAAUGGGUAAAAAAAAAUAUUGAUAAGUUUGGCGGAAAUCCAAAAAAAGUUACAUUAUUUGGACAAAGUGCUGGAAGUGCUUGUGUUGGUUUACAUUUGCUAUCACCCUUGAGCAAAGGGUUGUUUCACAAGGCAAUCAUGGAAAGUGGAUCACCAUUAAACCUUUGGGGUGUAUCUCCCCCAGGAUGGGCGAAACGAAGAGCGUCUGCCAUUUCUACUAUUACUGGAUGUCCCGAAGAGCCAAAACAAAUGAUUAAAUGUUUAAAAGAAGUCCCUGCUAAAGUGUUGGUGAAUGUAUACAACAAUUUAUUUGAGUGGAGAAAUUAUCCAAUAAUUAAUAUCCCGGCUGUUGUUGAAAAAUGUAAUAAAAAAAAAGAAUCGUUCUUGUGUAAAUAUCCUUUAUUGGACUUUAAACAAAUCUCAAAAGUUCCAGUUUUAAUAGGAAUGACCUCAGGAGAGGGUGGUCUUUUUGCCUCUCGAAUGUAUAACGCAACUGAUCUUGUGUACACUGAGUUAAAAGAAGAUUUUGAUCAUUACGUAUCGUCAUUUUUAGAGUAUAGAUACACGACAAAGUAUUCAGAUAUUUCAAUAACUGGUGACAAGAUAUUUGAAAGAUACUUUCCUGACGGGACUUUGAAUGAUCCUUUGAGUGCUGUUAAAAUGAUUUCUGGAGGGCUAUUUUUACACGGUGUCUUUCAAAUGGCAACCAAGUUAUCUCGACCAGUGUAUUAUUACAUAUACGAUCAUUUGAAUUAUGUAUCAUUUAAUUCGUUGUAUGGACCAUAUCCGUUUCCAAAAAAGUUAGGCGUAACGCACACUGACGAAGUGACCAGUCUAUUCUAUACAGCUGGUCGUGGAGACUUACAGGGGGAGGACCUCGGUGUAUCAAAUCUGAUGGUGAACAUAUGGACGAAUUUCGCCACCACCGACACCAUCACAAUUGAUGGCACGAAGAAGGGAGAAAAGUGGCCGAAAUUUAACACCAAAAAAUAUGCAUUUGUUUUAAUUAAUACAAGUAUUCCUUUAAUCAAAGAGAAGCCUUAUGUUGAUGAAUACGAAUUUUGGAAUAAUUUGCCACUGUUGUCUGGAUUGAAUAAAGCCCAAGCUUCAGAUAAAACUGAACUUUGAUUCAGUAUUUAUACACGGAAACAAAAUUAACUUAUAUUUAUGUUGAUUGACCUCAAAUACUUCUAUUAUAUUUAAACCAUUGAUAUAGGUAGGUAUAUAAUAAUAUAAUAUAUAUUAUAUAGACUUAUAUGGUAAAGAAGUGUAAAGGAAAUUUUUAUACGAAUAAUAAAGAAAAAGAAUAUAUGUGCUAAAUCUCUAUAAUGGUUUUUCAACAUAAAAAAAUGUAAGUACCUAAUAAGUAAAACUUAAAAGUAUUUAUACUCAAACAUUAACUGUUCAUUGUUGCGUCUGUUUAAUUGUAAUGAAGUACUAUGUCAAAUUUUCAAACAUUUUCAAAAAAUAAUUGACGUGGCUAGUUGGUAAUUACUAAUUUGUAUUUAUUUUUAAUUAGGUAUACCAUAAUAUAGUAUA